AUGGCAAACUCAUUGCAAUUAGCGCAUCAACUUAAGGGCAAACAUGUAUUGCUAGUCGGUGGUGGUGAAGUGGCGCUGACACGGAUUCUUAAGCUGAUCAAGACAGAUUGUAAACUUACCAUAGUUGCACCAGUAAUCCAUGAGAAGAUACUGAGGAAAUAUGGUGGGUUUGACACUGCAAGUGACGGUAAAGUGCAUAGAAACGAAAAAUGGGUACCGGGCUGUUUAAAGCUGUACCAAUACGUUGAAGAUACGUUUAAUGAUGAUUAUUUCGCUCUGGAUAACAAGGAAGGUUGGUCUUUCAUCAUGACUGCGAUUCCAGACCAAGUCGAGAGUGAAAGGAUAUACAAAAAGGCGAAGAGCAUAUAUGGCCCACAACAGAUGGUCAAUGUCGCAGACAAUCCACCGCUAUGCGAUUUCUAUUUUGGAGCCAAUGUUGAAGUGGAAGGGUUGCAACUUCUGAUUUCAUCCAAUGGGUCAUCUCCACGGUUUGCAGCCCUGAUCCGAGAUGAGGUCAAGAGACAUCUUGAGACCCUAGACCUGGAAAAAUCAGUAGAGACACUGGGAACACUGCGUAGUAGGAUAAGAGACUUAUCACCAGACAUGAGCCAGUCAAAAUAUAGAAUGCAAUGGAUUAAGCAAUGCACAGACAUAUUCGGCAUCCAAAACGCAGCAAGAAUAGAUGUCGACAAGCUGGUUCAGUUAUACAAGACAAUGAGCCAGGAACAAUCCUUGACGUUCCCACCACGUACAGAGGUGCUAGCCAACUACACUGUGUAA